CUUCAAUUCCAGAAGAGGAAGCAUCGACAUCAUAGCCUUGAGCCUCAGCCCUAACGUCAAACGUCACUUACCCAUCGCCCCUUUUUCGUUUGCCUUCACCCACGCAGAUUCGAUCCAAAAACCGCAGCCAUGUUCCGAUUCCACAAACCUCUCGACACGGUCACGCUCUUCCACAAGGCCGGCUCGCCGGCGUCGAUGCGGGUCGCGGCGCUGCUCAAGCAGGUGUCGGCGCAGGCGACGGCGACGGCGACGGCGACCGAGGACCAGGCCAGCGACCACUCGGCGCAGAGCGCCCAGCAGCAGCAGCGCGCCGAGUUCGACCUUCAGAUCACCGAGGACGCGCCCACGCCGGACCAGCUCAAGACCAUACUCGAGUACAUCGGCGCGCCCUCGGUCGGCGCCGUCAUCAAGGGCGCCCGGACCGAGGCCGAGGCGCUCAGGACUUUCAAGCAGAAGCCCGACAGCUUCCAGUGGCCCCUCGUCGUCGACUGGAACAACGGCCGGGCCGCGGCCGGGGCGGACGAGUCCAAGAUCCUCAAGAUGCUGAACGAGCUCAACAAGGAGAAGUAGUGGGGGAGGGGGGGUGCGGUUUGUGCCUUUGCUGUUUCUUUUUGCAUUGCAUCUCAUAUAACGAAGCUCGUCGUCGACUAGCUGUCACGGUCGGCCCUGUAUACCAUUGCACUCCACGUUUAGAUCAUUCCUCCUCAAUUAUCAAAAGCCUCACAUGCUUCUCGACAAA